ACUUUUCAAAGCAAACAACUAGAUCAUGCAACCAAGUUUUCUCCGAAAUAAAAAGACCUUCAAAAGAAUAGCUGAAGAAAAAGAGCUACCGCAGCAUCCAUACCUGUUUGGAGCCACAACAGCCAUACUUACGAGCUUAUCCACCUACAAACUCAAAUCCUGACCUUGCAAACUUUCAACCUGCCAUGGCCACCUUGAUCUCCUUCAAACCACCACAGUGCAUCAGCAGCAAUAGCAGGAGCUGCCAUAUUGCUGCAUCACCGCGGCCGCUCAUCAGGCGAUGCCCAAGCGUUUCACGGCGGAGGUGUCUGCAGCGGCGCACCUGCAGGUUGCGAUGCGGCCAAUCGCAGCAGGAUUGUGCCCCAAGAACAGGCCAUGGCCUUGAUGAGGAUGAUAGCCGGCUGAGCCAGAAUGCCGGUAUUUUCCACCCAUCUAUCUGGGGAGAUUUCUUUCUUGGCUACUCCAACCCAGCAGCUUCAUCGCAGCAACAGCAGACUCAGAUGGAAGAACGAGCCGACAAACUCAAGGAAGAAGUGGCCGAAAUAAUGGCAAGUUCAACAUUUAGCGGCCUGCAUGAGAGGCUACAUCUCAUCGAUACUUUGGAGCGUCUGUGCUUGGAUCACCUGUUUGAAGAAGAGAUUAAUGCUGCAUUACCACAAAUGCAGACUGCUGAUGUCAGUGACUACGAUCUUGGGACGGUAGCUCUGUGGUUUUGUCUACUUCGCAAACAUGGGUAUAAGGUUUCACCAGACGUGCUUGCGAGAUUCAAAGAUGAAGAUGGAGGUUUUCUAGCAGAUAACCCUGCAGACCUACUGAGCCUUUACAAUGCUGCGCAUAUGAGGACCCAUGGGGAGAUAAUACUUGAUGAAGCCAUACUAUUCACACGAAGUUGUUUAGAAACAACAUUACCCAACAUGGAAGAAUCAUUAUUAGCACGUGAAAUAAAAUAUGCACUUGAGAUCCCUCUGCCUAGAAGGGUUAGAAUAUAUGAGUCAAAGUAUUACAUCUCUGCAUAUGAGAAAGAUGCUACAGUACAUGAAACGAUAUUGCAGCUUGCAAAGUUGAACUCAAAUAUUAUGCAGCUCCAUCAUCAGCGUGAGCUGAUAACCAUUACAAGGUGGUGGAAGGAUUUACAUAUUGAAUCGAGGCUUCCAUUUGCUCGAGAUAGAGUUGUGGAAUGCUACCUGUGGAUGUUAGGAGUAUACUUUGAACCAUGUUAUUCACGAAGCCGAAUAAUAGUGACAAUGAUUAUUGCUAUAGUAACUCUCUUGGAUGAUAUUUAUGAUUCUUAUGCAACUCCAGAAGAAUGUGAAUUACUUACCAAGUGCAUUGAAAGCUGGGAUGCUAAGGCGGCUCAUGACCUCCCGGAGUGCCUGAAAUUUGCUUUGGGGAAGAUGUUGGAUAGCUUUCAAACCAUUGCGAAUAUGCUCCACCAGGAGGAGAAAUAUCGCAUGUCCUAUCUAAGAUACUUUAUUGAAGAUCUGGUUAGAAGCUUUAGCAUGGAAGUAAAAAUGCUUGAAGAAGGCUACAUUCCAGAGUCUGUUGAAGAGCACCUGCAAGUUUCAAUAAGAACUGGAGGGUGUCCUCUUUUGUCAUGUGCUUCCUUCAUUGGGAUGAAUGAUGUGGCAACAAAAGAUUGUUUUAAUUGGGUUUCUAGUGUACCUAACAUGGUCAAGGCACUUUCCAGAAUUCUCAGACUAUUAGAUGACCUCCAAUCAUAUGAGCGGGAGCAAUUGAUCCCUCAUGUUGCGUCAACAAUCGAUAGCUACAUGAAGGAGCACAAUGUCUCGAUUGAAGUGGCACGUGAGAAGAUACACACUCUAAAAGAGGAGUCAUGGAAAGAUUUUAACAACGAGUGGUUGAAUUCAGACAAUACCAUCCCAAAGCAACUAUUGGAGAGGAUAUUCAACUUGACGAGGACGAUGGAAUUCAUGUACAACCAAGAGGACAAUUUCACAAACAGCACCAACCUAAAGGAUACCAUCCAUUCAUUGUUCGUGGAACCAUAUACAAAGCUUAUUUAGGAUUUGUUUGUUGGCAACCAACAAACAAAUUGUUGGCCCAAAUAAUAUAAUGUGGGAUUAGCUCAUCCUCCAGCACCCAUGCAUGUUUCAUUUGAUAUAGUAGGACUGAAAUUGCACUUUACCAAAUGUUGAUUAUGCAGACCAACUAUUCUCUACUAUCACUAUCAGAUUUUCUUAUUUGACCACAUGUAUAAUUGGUUGCAAUUUAUGGCUAUUUACCCUUCUUUUUCAAAA